AUGCUUCGGGUGAUAGUGGAAUCUGCCAGCAAUAUCCCUAAAACGAAAUUUGGGAAACCGGAUCCCAUCGUUUCUGUGGUUUUUAAGGAGAAAACAGAGACUGUGGUUUGGAAUGAAAUUAAUUUCGUGGAGAGGUAUGGGCGAAGGCCCCAAGGCUCUCUGACAAUCCUGGUGUGGAGUGAGGAGGCGAAGCCACAGGAAAGGUUAAUUGGCACGGCCACUGUAGCCCUGAAGGACCUGAUUGGUGACCAGAGCAGAUCGCUGCCAUACAAACUCAUCCCCCUGCUAAACGAAAAGGGGCAAGAUACUGGGGCCACCAUUGACUUGGUGAUUGGCUAUGAUCCGCCUUCCGCUCCACAUCCAAAUGACCCCAGUGGGACCAGCAUGUCAGUCACGGAAGGAGACGAGGAGGAAGAUGGAGGUGAUGAAGACAGGUUGGAUGGUGCAGCCAGGGGCCCUGGGCCCAGGGGGGCAGUUGGGAUGGUGUCAGAGACCCACCUUGCCCGGAGGCUCACGAAAGGAAAGAAGAGUCGGCGGAUGCUGUCCAACAAGCCUCAGGACUUCCAGAUCCGUGUCCGAGUGAUUGAGGGCCGCCAGUUAAGUGGCAACAACAUCAGGCCUGUGGUCAAGGUCCAUGUCUGUGGCCAGACACACCGAACAAGGAUCAAGAGAGGGAACAACCCAUUUUAUGAUGAGUUAUUUUUCUACAACAUCCACAUGACCCCUUCUGAACUGAUGGAUGAAAUCAUCAGCAUUCGGGUUUAUAAUUCCCAUUCUUUGCGGGCAGAUUGUCUGAUGGGGGAAUUUAAGAUUGAUGUUGGAUUCAUUUAUGAUGAACCUGGUCAUGCUGUCAUGAGAAAAUGGCUUCUCCUCAAUGCCCCUGAAGAUGCCAGCUCGGGUGCUAAAGGUUACAUGAAAGUCAGCAUGUUCAUCCUGGGAACCGGAGAUGAGCCUCCUACUGAGAAGCGAGACCGUGAUGAUAGCGAUGACGUGGAGAGUAAUCUGUUACUCCCUGCUGGCAUCACCCUCCGGUGGGUGACCUUCUUGCUUAAAAUCUACCGAGCAGAGGACAUCCCCCAGAUGGAUGAUGCCUUCUCACAGACGGUAAAGGAAAUAUUUGGAGGCAAUGCAGAUAAAAAAAACCUAGUGGAUCCUUUUGUAGAAGUUUCCUUUGCUGGAAAAAAGAUUUGCACAAAUAUAAUUGAAAAAAAUGCAAACCCUGAGUGGAAUCAAGUCGUUACUCUUCAGAUCAAGUUUCCUUCAGUGUGUGAAAAAAUAAAACUAACAAUAUAUGACUGCUUGCUGACUGAGGCCGACGCGGGUCACACGGAGUUCACGGAUGAAGUGUACCAGAACGAGAGUCGCUACCCCGGGGGCGAGUGGAAGCCAGCCGAGGACACCUACACCGAUGCGGUGAGCGGGCUGCUCCCCACGGAGAGCCUCAAACCCUAA